AUGAAUACUAUUACCGUUGUCGGUGGAAACGGCUUCCUUGGCCGGAAAAUAUGCGAGGUUGGUGCACGAUUGGGCUGGUCUGUCACUUCUUUGUCUCGUUCUGGUAAACCUCCAUCACCAGUAAGUUUUUCAGAUAAUGCAUGGAUCUCCAAGGUCAACUGGGCCCAAGCAGACCUCUUCGACCCAGAAUCUUACAGAAAGUACUUGCAUAACCAGACUGCUGUAGUGCAUUCAGUUGGACUCUUGUUUGAAAACCAGGGAUACAAGCAAGUGGCCAAUUCCAACUUCAACUUCCUUAACGAUAUUCAGAAGUUUGGCAACAUGUUGAAAGGGUCCAACCCAAUGGAGAGAGGUUCCAAAACUACGUAUGAGGCCAUCCAACGAGACUCUGCUGUUAUGCUUGCUGAUGCAUAUUUGGCCGAAACAAAGGAAAACCCCACUUUUGUAUAUAUCUCAGCUGAGAUGAAGCCUCCAAUCGUUCCGGAUGGAUAUUUGACCACCAAAAGAGAGGCUGAAUUUGAACUCAAAUGCAAAAAAGGACUUAGAGCCAUUCUCAUGAGACCCGGGAUCAUGUAUGACGAGUCUGAGCCUUUGACCAACAACAGAAAAUUGUUCAGCAAGUUUUUGGAUGUUGGAUAUAACAUUAAGAGUGGGAUUUUCGGAAAUCAUGUGUCCCUUUUGAAUGAAAUAGUGAAGCCACCAGUUUCUACAGAGAAAGUGGCAUUGAAGAUUUAUGAAAAGCUUGAAGACAAGGACUUCUCCGGAGUGGUGACUUUAGAUGAGAUAACCAAAUUCUAA